CGUUGGCCAUCUUGUUCGACAGCUCAUUGAAGACAUCGUUUCAGCCCGCACAGAGUUUUAAAUCAUUUGUCGGGUGUUGUCUUGUUCCGAGAGGACGUUUUUUGUUUUUUUGUUUUUGUCUUCUCGUGUUACUUUUUGAAUAUAAUAUAUGGAUCUCGAAUGUAAUUUGAUGGCGUUUAAGUUGUAAUAUUUCGAUUGUGUGAGCUGCAGUUAGCUUUGCUAGCUACUCUGCUAAUUUCCCACAUAUUGCCGCUCGAGUGAGGUAGCUAUAGCCACAGCUAUGGCAAACAACGCAAUUGUCGGGAAUCAGCAGCAACAGCAGGCCGUGAAUAAACCCGCCUCAGGGAAGCAUGGGAAUGUGUUGCCCCUUUGGGGCAACGAAAAAACAAUGAACUUGAACCCCAUGAUCCUCACGAAUGUGCUUUCAUCUCCGUAUUUCAAGGUUCAGUUGUAUGAACUUAAGACGUACCACGAGGUUGUGGACGAAAUCUACUUCAAGGUCACACAUGUGGAGCCUUGGGAGAAAGGCAGCAGAAAGACCGCAGGCCAGACUGGCAUGUGCGGCGGGGUAAGUAGAAGUCCGUGGCGUUGGAACCGGAGGUAUAGUGUCUACGGCCUUCUGCCUGCUGUACAAGCUGUUCACUUUGAAGCUGACCCGCAAGCAGGUACACCCAGCCACCUCCUGAUCUUGUGGACUGGUUUGACGGUUUCCUUGAUGAUGAGGAGGUAUGUGGACACGGAUGGCCGUUGCGCAGCAGGUGAAUUGGAUAUUGUAUCUCAACACAGUUGGUUUGCGUGUGAGCUGGACGUGAAGGCCGGCGGGGGCUGCGUCAUGACCAUUGGUGAGAUGCUGCGCUCCUUCCUGACCAAGCUGGAGUGGUUCUCCACACUGUUCCCGCGCAUCCCAGUGCCCGUGCAGAAGAUGAUCGACCAGCAGCUCAAAGCGCGGCCCAGGAAGCAGCCAGAGAAGGAGGAGAAGGCCGAGGAACCCGCGGGAGAGUCAGCACGUCAGGGGGAACGGAGGCGCUCAAAGACUCCGAGUCCCAGGGGCUCCCCCAAACGCAGCCGUUCCCGCAGCCACCAGAGAGAGCGCCGUGGCGUCAGCUUCGACCGCGAGCUGGAGCGCGAGCGCGACCGUCAGCGCAAGGAGCGCGAGGGCAAGGACCGAGACCGGGGGGACCGGGGAGAGCGCGAGCGCGGCGACCGGGAUCGGGACCGAGACAGGGAGCGGGGAGACCACGAGCGGAGGCGCUCGCGCAGCGCCGAGAGGCGCAACCGGCGGAGCUCCAGCCGGGAACACCGCAAGGAGAAGGAGAAGGAGCGAGAGCGCGACGGGGAGAACGAACGCAGCCGGCGGAAGGAGCGCGAGCACCACCACGAGCGAGACCGAGAGCGGGACCGGGACCGAGAGAAGGACAAGGAGAGGGAGAAGGACAAAGAGCGGGAGCGCUCCAAAGACAAGAGGAGCAAAGGGGAGGCGGAGGAGCGGCGGCACCGGGAGGAGCGCGAGGAGAAGCCGCGCCACAGUAAGGAGAAGAAGAGCAAGAAGAGCCGCAGCCGCAGCAGGGAGCGCCGGCACAAGGCCGAGCGCUCCAGCAAGAAACGCUCGCGAAGCCGCAGCCGCAGCCGGCACGAGCCGCCGGAAGAGCGGGAACGCGGGAAGAAGAGGGAGGCCAGCCCGAGCCGCGAGAAGGAGCGCUCGCACAAACGCAGCCGCAGCCAGGAGCGCGACGCACGCAGCAGGCGCAGCCAAAGCCCAGAUCGCCGUGACGACGGCUCACCUUGAUGAAGACCCACCCCCCCACCCCCCAGUCCUGCCCAAACCCUCGACCCACUUCACCUCAGUUGGCCAGCUCUUCUCAACAACCUUUUUUAUUUUUAUUUUUUCUUCAUUUCUUUUUUUCCCCUUGUUUUAUCUUUCUGUGUCAAAUUUCCUCCCCCAUGACUAAAGACAGUAAAAGCUAAAGAGAAGGACAAAAAAAGGUUUUGUGCAGCAGGGGACCUUGUUCUCUUCCGGGUCCCCUUACUGUUGUGCCUCUGUAGAUACCUCCCUGUAGUCUCCUCCCCAGCACAAGAGCUCUGAAUGGAGAACAAAAAAAAAAAGCUUGUUUUUUUUCUUUGUAAUUGUCAUGAUUUUAUUUCUAUUGUUUUCAACAAUCCUCUGAUGUGCUUUGUACAUAAAGUUCUGAGAAUGUUUUAAAUUGUACGGAGCGACCACAAAUUUGUACCAUGCACUGAGCUGUGCUGAAAUUGUGUUGUGUUUGGUUCAUUGCUCUGUGGCAUUUCUUUUUCUAAUAAAAAAACUUUUAUGAAAGGGGAAA